AUGCCUUCCUCUACCACCGUAAAGGUCGAUCACCAGCGACGACUCUCACAGCAUUCUCUCCCCGAUUCAUCUUCCACAGCCCCAAAGCUUCGACGACGAGCCUCACAAGGUUCUCUCCGCACAAAACCGUCACCUGUUUCUCGUUUUCUCUCCAAGGGUAGUGUGGCAGUUCAUUUCCCUUCGUGGGAGCAUCGCAGUUCUUCCCCCGGGUCGCCGCUCCGCGUAGAAUCUCGAACGCGGUCGGCCGACUCUCGUCUGCGCCUGUCCACCACUGUGUCUCGCGGGCCGAGACCUUUGACAGCUUCUUCUUCCCAAUCGUCACCCUGGAACUCUCCCAAUUCGAAUUCGUUCCAGGGAGACUACCCCACUACUCUGCCACCAACACCACCGGAUGACGACAGCCACAUUGCGUGGAACCCGCAGUCGGAGAUGAUGUUGUUUGAAUCACAUUCACACCACCAUGGCUCCGUCAUGGUGGACGGUCGGGGUAUGGAUACAUCACCGACCACAGGCCCUUCAGAUACUUUGAGCAGUCCUUCCGAUGGGUUAUCACACGGUUCAUCCAGUUCAGGUGGGAGUCCAGGACCUCAUGAUGAGAUGGAUUGCCAACAAGAUGUUGGUUCUUGGUUAGAUCAUGGAAUCAACGUAACUGUGUCAUCUUUGGGAAUCUCAAAUCCACGAGGUGACGCUGUCAAAAUCGUCUCCCAAACUCUUCCAUAUCCUCGAACCUCCGACCAGUCAAUUUCGAUGCCAAGAAACGACAGCGUCUUCUGCUCCAUGGUCCAGGCUGUACACACACACCUUCAGCCGGGUCAAUCUCCUUACAUCAAUGUCACCCACGCCGUCCCCGAACAAUUCAGCUUGUCCAACCUCCCUCACUCUCCUCCAAGUACUCCCCGCUCCCCCACUGCCGCCGAAGAUUAUUUCAACGCAACCGUUUUCUCCAGCGCGGCGGUAGUGGGUGCUUACCAUGAUUUCCGUGGACCUCUCCAACGCCAACUCUCUCACGCUCCCAUGCCCAUUGUCCCUCCUCACAGUGUCCACAUCUCCGUUCUAGAGCGAUACCUCCCUCCUCCUUCAGCACAAGAAUAUAGAGAUGUCUUUUGUCCCACCCGCCCCUCUUUCCUUGUCGACCGUCUCUCCGAACUUUCUCCUAAUGGAGGCUCUCUGCUCUUCGUAUACCCGACCAAGAAGGGAGCCUCGACCUUCAAAUCACAAUACCUCGGUCCAAUCCUCGACCCUCUUCUGCGACAACUCGUCGUGGUGAAUGGAUUAUCAGCGGACGUCGGUCGAUACCUGGGUAAACUGUCAACGGUAUCCCAAAUGGAUGAUUUCGCUACCAUGAAGGCAAACAUCGUAUCUCUCUGUGAAUCUCUCAGCUGCCCCGCAUCUCGAUUCGAGAUUGCGGACGCUGGUCGCGCAAGCGCUCAUCUGGACCGAAGUCUCUGGGUCGAAUGGUUCAUUCACCAGGAGAAGGCUCGGAUGAAGGAGGUUCUCAGCCUGUACUCGAACAACAACCGUCGUUUACCGGUUAACAAAAACAUGAACGCUGGUAUGAGCGAUGGCAAAGAAGUCACCUCGGCCAUGCUUCUGACCGAGAUCUUCGAGGGUAUCCGCAAGCGACCCUAUGGCGAUGACAGCGAGCCUCGAGAUGGGGUUGAACUGGGUGUAUUCGUCAUUCGUCGAACUCAUUAA